AUGCAGUUCGCUACCAUCAUCGCUCUCUUGGCCCCUCUGGCCCUCGCCGAGACCUGGAACCUCUCCGGAACCUGCAAGAGCGACAACACCUGCGAUGUCGACACCCAGUACACCAGCCCUCAGCUCGUCUGCGGCAACAACAACGGCCACUUCUCCGGCGAGGGCAACGAGGGCAAGACCAGCUGCACUCCCGUGGGCACCAAGUGCACCUACGUCUGGACCUGCUAA